AUGAAAAUAUUUCAAUUACGACGUUAUUUAACAAUAAAAAGUGGUAAACGAGGAUGGCGUCAAUAUGUUGAUCGUUUAAAAGAACGUCCAACAUCUCAUAUAACUGCAUUUGCUAUUCUACAUGAAAUAACUGCUAUUUUACCAUUUCCAUUUAUUUAUUUUCCAUUAAAAUGGUCACGUUUAGGAGAAUAUAUUCCUAUACCAACUGAAUAUAUUCAAGAAGGAAAUCGAAAGAUAAAUCGUAUACGAACUCGAUAUGGUUUAAAACCAUUAGAUGAAUCAUCAUUAGUAUUAAUUAAUCUUUCAAUAACAUAUGCUAUUGUUAAACUAAUUCUUCCAUUACGUAUUGGCCUAAGUUUUAUCUUAACACCAUGGUUAGCUUCAAUUAUAACUCGUUCAUUUACUUUUUUUCAACGUUUUAAAACAAAAUUUUUUUCAUAA